AUGACGAGUCAUCAAACAGGGCAGAGUUCGUCUUUUACGGUUCAGGCGGGCGGCUCAUCCUCUUCUUCGACAGUAGUUCCUCCUUCGUCUUCAUCAUCAUCGGGUAGUGCUGCUGAUAGUAACAAUAACAAUUUGAAGGCAACUAGUGAAAAUCAUAAAAAUGAUGAUGCCAAAUCAACAACAAGUACAAAUAGUAGUUUACAUCAACAACAACAACAACACAGCGAAUUAAACAUCUCUGGAAAUAAUUUAAAUGUUUUGGUUACACCUGUAGCAUUGGAUGGAAAGUCUGAGCCAUUAUCUCCUACAGCACACAGAAGAGCAACAUCAAUUUCAUCAAAUGGAUAUCCAGCAAAUACACCAGCAACACCUGUCCAUCCACAAUUUACUUCUCAUCCUGAAGAUGAUAAUGAUUCUGAUAAUGGAAAAUUAAAAGGAAAAAAGAACAAGAAGAAAAAGUGGCAUGUCAAUGCUAUGGGUGAAAUUGUUUACAAGGAACACAAUUCAUAUAAUUUAAUGCGUCAAAUCCAAAUGGGUAUUAGAUCUGCAAUCAGUGAAAUAACACCUAAAAAACAAAAAGAUGUACUAUUACUUAAGGAUUUUACUAAUAUUAACAAAAUGCCGUUUCCAGAAAAGGGAUCAACAAGAACACCUCCACACGAAUUCCCAUUCUUUGAUUUUUAUGAUUACUCACCAUUUCCUUUUAGACAUUUGAGAGAACGUUUUGGUAUUGAUGCUUCCAAUUAUCUUGUUUGUUUAUGUCAUGAACUGUCUCUCUCAAUUCUUGGCACUCCUGGUAAGAGUGGUGCUCUCUUCUUUUUCUCUGCUGACAUGCAAUACAUGUUAAAGACUGUAACAAAAAAGGAAUCAAAAUUCUUGAGAAAAAUUUUGCCAGAUUACUAUAACCAUGUUAUGGCCAAUCCAAACACUCUCAUUACUCGUUUUUAUGGAAUGUAUAGUAUAAAACCUCGAGGAGGUAAAAAUGUAAGAUUUAUUGUCAUGAACAAUGUGUUUGACACAACAAUGUAUGUUUCUGAGAGAUACGAUUUAAAGGGUUCAACUGUUGGACGAGAAGCAUCAGAGAAAGAAAAAAAGAGAGAAACACCAAUUUAUAAGGAUUUAGAUUUUUUGAGGAGAAGUAGCAAGUUAAAAGUUGGACCUCAAAUGAAGAAUCUCAUUAUGAAUCAACUUCAAGUUGAUGCUACAUGGUUGGAAAAGAUGAAGAUCAUGGACUAUAGUUUACUAGUUGGUGUUCACAGAUUGGAUCCUGAAUUGGAUGCAGAAGUAUUGAAAGAAGCUCAAAAUUGUAAUAUCAAAUUGUCAGAUUCUGACAUUCCUUCGGAAGCUUUUACUACUGUAUUUAAUCAUGGCUCAAGUGUGGCUUCAAGUUCAAUGACUUCUACAUCAUACUUAAACGGAACCGAUCAGGGAACAGGCGCUUCAUCUUCUUUAAAUACUACAAAUCCAAUUUCAGAUCAUCAUGACCAAGUUGUAAAUAGUACAGAUAUUGCCAUUGAGGUUAGUGAUGAAUCUCAUCCAACAUUGAAUGGUUCAUCAAGCACCAAAACCAUAGAAAAUACACCAUCAACACAUCAUCCAACAAGUAUGUCAACUACUACACAGGACAGCAGAAAGAGUAGUGAAAGCACCUCCUCAUUCUUUGGAAGAUUUAUGAAUCACAGACUGAGUGUUUCUUUGAAAAAACACUACAGAGGUCCACGUGCCUCUCUAUUCCAACAAUUCCAUGGUGGUACACUGUCACUUCCUUUAGAGGAUGGUAGCCGUGAAAUUUACUACUUUGGUAUUAUUGAUUUGUUACAAAAAUGGAAUAACAAGAAACAAAUAGAAAAUAUUUUCAAGGGCCUUGUAGCUGACAGAAACCAAAUUUCUGCAGUCUCACCAAAGAAUUAUGCAAUGAGAUUUGUAAAAUUCUUGGGAGAUGGUUUACAAUAAUAAAUUAAUUUAUUUU